AACAAAGUUAUUUUAACUGUUGUUAAAUAGGUAUCUGCGGUUAGUUUUUGCGUUUUUGGCAAUUUCAUUGAAAUGGCUAGUUCACUUAUUGCAGCAGGUUUAGGCCUUGCUGCAAUGGGUUUUACUGGGCGCUAUAUCAUGAGAAAGAUGCCAACUUUAUCUCAAAAGAUGGCAGAGGCUAUUAAAAAUAUGCCAAAGUUAGAUUCACAGACAUUGGCAAACAACAAAUACUAUAAAGGUGGUUUUGAAUCUAAAAUGACUCGACGUGAAGCUAGUUUAAUAUUAGGUGUUUCCCCGACUGCAAACAAAGCAAAAGUAAAAGAGCAUUUUAAAAAAGUCAUGGCAGUGAAUCAUCCUGAUAGGGGUGGAUCUCCUUACAUAGCAGCAAAGAUUAAUGAAGCAAAGGAUUUACUAGAAAAAUGAGCCAGGAAGUCAUAGUUAAACAAAUAAUUAGUUAUAACGAUUUGUAUUGUAUCUAUAUUUGUAAAUUUAAUUCUAGUAAACAAAUGUUUCUGUACAUAUCUAGGCAACGCAAAUCAAUUUUGUAUUUUAUUUAACUUAG